ACCAUGAGUGACAGUAAAUGUGAUAGUCAGUUUUACAGUGUUCAAGUUGCAGAUUCAACAUUCACUGUUCUAAAACGUUACCAGCAAUUGAAGCCCAUUGGAUCAGGGGCACAGGGCAUUGUUUGUGCUGCGUUUGACACAGUCCUUGGAAUAAAUGUUGCUGUGAAGAAGCUGAGUCGUCCCUUUCAGAAUCAAACCCACGCAAAAAGGGCUUACAGAGAGCUUGUUCUUUUGAAAUGUGUCAAUCACAAAAAUAUAAUUAGUUUAUUAAAUGUAUUUACACCACAGAAGUCACUAGAAGAAUUUCAGGAUGUAUAUUUGGUUAUGGAGCUGAUGGAUGCAAAUUUGUGCCAGGUUAUUCACAUGGAAUUGGAUCACGAAAGAAUGUCUUAUCUUCUUUACCAAAUGCUGUGUGGUAUCAAACAUCUUCACUCAGCUGGUAUCAUCCACAGAGAUUUGAAACCCAGCAACAUAGUAGUCAAAUCAGAUUGCACACUCAAAAUCCUUGAUUUUGGCCUGGCAAGAACAGCCUGUACUAACUUUAUGAUGACUCCAUACGUAGUAACACGCUAUUACCGAGCACCAGAAGUUAUCCUUGGAAUGGGAUAUAAAGAGAAUGUUGAUAUCUGGUCAGUUGGGUGCAUCAUGGGAGAAUUGGUGAAAGGUUGUGUGAUAUUCCAAGGCACUGAUCAUAUUGAUCAGUGGAAUAAAGUUAUUGAACAAUUAGGAACACCAUCAGCAGACUUCAUGAAGAAACUACAGCCUACAGUGAGGAAUUAUGUAGAAAACAGGCCAAAAUAUCCUGGUAUUAAAUUUGAAGAGCUCUUCCCAGACUGGAUAUUUCCAUCAGAAUCUGAUCGUGACAAGUUAAAAACCAGCCAAGCUAGAGAUUUAUUAUCUAAAAUGCUUGUAGUAGAUCCCGACAAGAGAAUUUCUGUAGAUGAAGCCUUACGUCAUCCUUAUAUUACUGUCUGGUAUGAUCCAGCUGAAGCAGAAGCUCCUCCACCUCAAAUCUAUGAUGCACAGUUGGAAGAAAGAGAACAUGCAAUUGAAGAAUGGAAAGAGUUAAUAUACAAAGAAGUAAUGGACUGGGAAGAAAGGAGCAAGAAUGGUGUGGUAAAAGAACAGCCCUCAGGUUACACAGAUGCAGCAGUGAAUAGCAACACCAGUCCUUCCCAGUCAUCAUCUAUCAAUGACAUUUCAUCCAUGUCAACAGAGCAAACAUUGGCCUCAGAUACAGACAGCAGCCUCGAUGCCUUGACAGGACCCCUCGAAGGAUGUCGAUGA